AAUUGUGGUACAAAAGUCCAAUCACUGUUGAGUCACUGUCCUUCCUAGGCAUCGAACUAACCCAAUCAGCCCCGUUUUAAGUACAUUUUAGUACUUUUGACGGGCGCCAUAUAAACAACGCAAGAGCAAUGUUAAACUUCCCGUAUAUUUCUGCAUCUUGUUUACAGUAUGAGAAGUGCCUUGAAAACUCUCUUCGCUAUCAACCCAGGAAAUAGCUUCAAAGCUUACAUAGAAACAAGUGUUUCUCUCUUGAAAGAUUUCUCAAAACAAGGCUUGUUUACUCAUGGGAGUGUCCUUCAUGCCCAUUUAAUCAAAAUGGGUAUUUCAUCAGAAAAUUAUAUAGCAAUUAAAUUGCUUAUUAUGUACCUAAAUUCUAGAAAAUCUGCUGAAACUGACCAAAUUUUAAAGGAGUUUAAUGGGUUCAAUCUCGUCGUGCAUAAUUGUUUGAUUGCUGCUAAUGUCGAUUGGGGAAAUCUUGAUGGAGCUCGUCAACUGUUCGAUGAAAUGCCCCAUAAAAACGAGGUUUCGUGGACCGCGCUGAUUUCGGGUUUAUUGAAACAUGGAAGAGUGGAAGAAGCAAUGUGGUAUUUUGAGAGAACCCCAUUUCAGAAUGUGUUUAUAUCGACAGCAGGAAUUAGUGGGUUGGUGAAAAAUGGAUUAACUUUCGAAGCUAUCAAAGUCUUUUUGAAAAUGCUUCAAUCUGGGGUAAUGCCUAAUGAUAUUACCUUUACUUCUGUCGUUAGAGCAUGUGCAGAGUUUGGUGACAUUGGCUUGGGCAUGAGUGUAUUGGGUUUGAUCGUUAAAGUUGGAUUUGAGCACAAUUUAUCCGUUUCUAAUUCUUUGAUUACAUUUAGUAUAAGGUUUGGUGAAAUUGAUUUGGCUCGGAGGAUUUUCAAUCAAAUGGAAAACAGAGACGUUGUUUCUUGGACAGCUAUUCUGGACAUGUAUGUUGAGAUGGGAGACUUGAGAGAAGCUCGUCGGGUCUUUGAUGAGAUGCCGGAAAGAAAUGAAGUUUCUUGGAGUGCAAUGAUUGCAAGGUACAGUCAGUCUGGUCAUGCGGAAGAGGCAGUGAAACUGUUCCACCAUAUGGUUCAGGAUGGGUUUAGGCCAAACACAUCUUGCUUUUCUAGCACGAUCAGUGCUUUGGCUAGCCUUGAGGCUUUGCAAUCAGGAAAAAAUAUUCAUGGACAUGUUGCAAAAAUUGGGAUAGAGAGAGACGUUUUUGUUGGUAGCUCACUUAUUGACUUGUAUUGUAAAUGUGGAAAAACUGAAGAUGGUCAUGUAGUGUUCGACUCGAUUUUGGAAAAGAAUGUUGUUUGUUGGAACUCCAUGGUAAGUGGGUAUAGUUUGAAUGGCCAAUUGGAAGAAGCCAAGGAGCUGUUUGACCAGAUACCCAAGAAAAAUAACAUAUCUUGGAACUCUAUGAUUGCUGGCUACUUGGAGAAUGAACAAUCUGAUAAGGUGUUUGAAGUAUUCAAUGAGAUGCUAUUGUCAGGGGAAACACCUAGUGAAUCUACUUUCUCUAGUGUUCUAUGUGCAUGUGCGAGCAUUGCCUCAGUACAAAAAGGCAAGAACCUUCAUGGUAAGGUUAUCAAACUUGGGAUUCAGUAUGAUACCUUUGUGGACACAGCACUUACGGAUAUGUAUGCAAAAUGUGGUGAUAUUGAGAGCUCUAAGAGGGUAUUCAACAGAAUGCCCACGAAGAAUGAAAUUUCUUGGACUGCUAUGAUUCAAGGUCUUGCAGAAAAUGGUUUUGCAGAGGAGUCUCUUACUCUGUUUGAAGAAAUGGAAAAGACUUCAUCAGUUGCACCUAAUGAGCUCAUUUUUUUAGCAGUUUUAUUUGCUUGUUCCCAUUGUGGGCUAGUUGAUAAAGGACUCUGGUACUUCAAUUCAAUGGAGAAGGUUUAUGGUGUAAGGCCAAUGAAUAGACACUACACCUGUGUGGCGGAUAUGCUUUCUCGGUCAGGGCGCCUUUUAGAGGCAGAGAAAUUCAUCACUACCAUGCCAUAUCAACCAGAGAUCAAUGCAUGGGCAGCAUUAUUGAGUGGCUGUAAAACACAUACCAAUGAGAGAAUAGCAGAAAGGACAGCCAGGAAGCUCUCAGAACUGUCAGAGAAAAAGUCUGGAGGUUAUGUCAUGAUGUCAAAUAUUUAUGCUUCGGCUGGUAGAUGGAUUGAUGUUCUGAGUACCAGAAAAUUGAUGAAGGAGAAGGGAGUGAAGAAAAGUGGUGGGUGUAGUUGGGUCGAGGUGAGGAACCAUCUCCAUCUUUUUUAUUCUCAGGAUGAAACUCACUCUGAGUCUGCAGAUAUAUAUGGGAUUCUAGAAUUAUUGAAGUCUGAAAUGCUGAUUCUAUAGAAAGCUGAUCCAUUUGUAGCCUACAUAUUGAAAAGGUUACUCCAUAAAAUGAAAUCCAAAGAUGGAUGCUCUGGAAAUUCCCAAGUAAUUCUUGUUGUGAAUCUGAAGAUGACAAGCAUUGGACACGGUGACGCUCUUGUGAAUCCUGUUCUUAUUUAAACAUAUACAGCAUGACCAUCCCCAACACAAUAAAGAAACUUGUAUGUCACAGUUUGAUACUGGAUCAUGGGGACUAUUGUGUGCCGGUAGAAGGUCAAGCUGCAAAGCAUGAGAAUACAGGUUACAGUAUGAAAGCAGCCACUUUGUGCAACAGGUUCCUGAAGGUUGCUCAUUUCAAUGUUCAUGCAUUUACGGUGAGGAGAUUGAUUCUGAUAUAAGGCAGCAAGACUGUGGUCACUUCUAAUGAAGUGAAGCUGAUUUAUCUAUGACAUGAACUGCUGGAUGACAGAGUUGAUGGAUCAGAAAGCAGGCUUUCAUAUGAAGGCUUCUUAAACAUAAAACAUGAGCCUGGUCAUUUCAGAUUUGGUAUGUCUUACUACUGUCCAUUUUUUGAUUUAAAGUGGUAUGCAUCUCUCUGUCCCCCCUCAAAAAGUUAAUAAAUAAUAAUCAGUGAAGAUAAAUGUUUUUCCUUGCCCAGAAGAGGCUGAAACAUACACACAAUGGUACAUGGAAAUUACGUCCCUUUUCCGUUUAAAAAAAAAUUAACACCAAAAAUGCACUAUUGGGGAAAAGUGACUACAAAAUUAGCUUGGAAUGAUAUAGUAAAAAAGACAUGGUUGCUUUUACUCUUACUGUAAACAUAGUCUCAAUCCUUGACAGAGUACGAUAGCGAAAAAGUAUUCAUGACUACAAAUAGUUAGGAUAAGGCUUUGUUAAGUUUAAUUGAAUAUUUUCAUCCUUCUUGAAUUAGUAGUUACAUUGUAGCCCCGUAAAUGGAAAAAUAAAAUAUAAUAGGACAGUAACACUUAAGUUCCUUGUACUUCUAGUCUUCUUAGUUGCUUCCCUUUUCUUCUUUUCAACUGCGGCAUAGUCCUCCUAUAUAUAUCUUUAGCUCCAUAGUGAAGUCUCUGGUAAAUUUGUGGUUCUUUGCAAUGAUUUUCUCUGUAUAUUCAUUCUUCUUAACAAUAUAUUGUUUCAUGUAGUUAUCAAGGCUUCAAUAACCAGACAAUUCUGAUUGUUUGAUUCCUUCAUUUCUUUUAUACGACUCUUUAAAAUUUUAUUUCUUUUACAUUUUCAAAUUAGGGGUAAGGCUGAUGAUGUCACCCCCAUUAUUUUUGU